AUGUGGCAACCCAAACAGCCUGGGGUGGAGAUGAAGCCCGAAGCUUCAGGAAAAGCUAGAAAGAGGAAACACCAAAAUGGAAGUGGAACAGAGACAGAGUCUGACGCUUUGGGACAACGUACAAAGACCAAACGCCAGGAUGGGACAGAGAUGAUAUUUAAAGAACCUGGCAAGGCCUGGAAGAAGACCCCUCCGGAGCAUCAAGACCUAGAGCUUGAGAGAGACCAGUUGGGUAAGGGUCAGGUACAGAAGUCCCAGGAAGAGGGUCCAAGACAACCCCUAGAGUACAUCAAAGGCCCUCCAGAUCAGGCUGAGAGGAAGCCUGCUGAUUGUCGCAAGGGGUGUAAGCAUCCCUACUCUGCCCUGGAGGAAAACCGACAAAGCCCCCCAAAGGAAAAGCACGAGAGGUUACUUAAACACAUUAAAUGUGUUGAAGACCCACACCCUGACCCACACAGGCCUCAACCAAUAACAUCCAAGAUGAAGGGCAGCGUGUCAGGGCACAGUCAUCAAGAUCAAGAACCACCUACACGAGACGAGAGAGAGGGCAGAUAUUCAGAGGACAAGUCCAUUACAGAAAAGGAAGGUGGUGUAAAGCAUGACGCAAGAAGGGGGAACAACUUGGAGCCUGCCUUACCCGGAACACCAGCUCCAAUCAUCCUGGAUAGUGGCGGAGGCGAUA